AUGUCACCUUCUCGCACCACGUUGGAGCCCCUCAAGCCCUUGGUGCUCAUCUGCAGCACGCCGGUCUCGGGCCACAUCAUACCGAUGCUGACGAUAGCGGAGCAGCUCGUCUCGCGGGGCUACGACGUCUGCUUCGUGACCGGCUCGGGCUACCGUCCACGCGUAGAGGCCGCCGGCGCGUCGUUCGUAUCGGUCGAAGGGUACGGCAACUUUUAUGACCUGACUUCGUGGGAUCUGGACCCGUCCUGGCCCGAGGGCAAGAAGCACUUGGAAGGCACGGAUUGCUUCAUCCAUGACCUGGUACACAUAUUCUGCAGAUCUAUCCCCUCGCAGCACCACGCCCUCCAAACCGCCCUGGGAACGCUCGCCUCGAAGCACCCGGGACGGCCCACCAUCCUCCUCACAGAGAGCCUCAACUUCGCAGCCAUGCCCAUCCUCCACGGCGCUCCGGGCCUCCGUCCCACGGGAUACAUAGUCAUCGGCCUCAACCCCAUGAUGCUCUCCAGCAUCGACCACCCGCCCUUCGGUUCCGGCUUGCCCCCAGAUGCCUCCCCGGCCGGCCGAGCUCAGCACGCCGCCGCCAACGCAGCUCAAAGGGAAACCUUCGCCGCAGCCCAGUCCUCCUACGCGGAGGCCCUCGCGAAGCUGGGCGCGGCGCGAGAACCGGAAACCUUCCUCCUCGACGCCCUCUACCACCUCCCGGACCGCUUCGUGCAAAUGUGCGUACCCAGCGUCGAGUACCCCCGUUCCGACGCACCCCCGGGCCUCCGCUUCUCCGGCGGCUACCCCAACGGUCCCAAGGACCCCUUCCACCCGCGCCCGGCCUGGUGGCCCGAGGUCGUCGCCGCGAAGGCUGCCGCCCGCAAGCUCGUCUUCGUCUGCCAGGGCACCGUGGCAAUGGACCUCACGCAGCUCGUCGUCCCCACGAUGGCCGCCCUCGCGGGCCGCGAGGACGUCCUCGUCGUGGUCGCCGUGGGGCGCAAGGGCGCGAGCCUGCCGCCUGGCCUGGAGGUGCCGCCCAACUGCAGGGUGACGGAUUACGUGCCGUACGACGAGGUGCUCCCCCACUGCGGCGUCUUCGUCACGACGGGCGGGUACGGGGCGUUCCAGCGGGCGGUUCGGAACGGGACGCCGUUGGUGGUGGCCGCCGCGACGGAGGAGAAGCCGGAGACGGCGGCGAGGGCGGCGUGGGCCGGGGUCGGGGUGGACCUGAGGACGGGGGAUCCGUCGGUCGAGCAGCUCCGGCGGGCAGUGGGGGAGGUGCUCGAGGAUGGGAGGUACAAGGCCAGGGCGACGGAACUGCAGAGGGAGGGGGCCGGGUUUGACCCCAUGGACGUGGUUGUGGGAAACGUGGAGGAGUUGGCGGCGGAGAAGGCUGCGCUGAGGACGCCGUGA